GCUUGCCGGCCCACAUUCCACUGCAUCACGUACCCAUAAAAGGCACUCCACUUGUUUUCUAUCUUUCUUUUAUACAAGCUCGUCAGUCCGACGACCUAGCACUAUUUUUCUCUAUCUCUAUCUAUCGCGCACAUCUCAGCACCGGCUCCUUCCCGGGACACUUGACAUGGACGAAGCUACGCUCCGUAAGCUCACCCGCGUAAAGCUGCAAAAGCUCGCGAAGGAAAAUAAGAUCAAGGCUAACAUGAAGAGCGAGACAAUUAUCCAAGAGCUCCUAAAGCUCUACGAAGUUGUUCAAUCGCAGCAGGAUGAAGGGAGUGAAGAGCCUCCGAGGAAGAGGUUGAGAACUAGCGUGCAAGACCAGCCUCCUUCUGGGUCAAGAGCUAGCGAGGAUAUCCCUCCAGUCGCUGGUCCAUCGACACCAAUCAUGGACGUAACUGUAGACACAAGUCUUGAUAAUCCUCCCACCCAAAAAGAUUCUCAGAAAUCUGCGCUCAGUACAGAAAAAAGUACUCUGAUUGCAGUAGCCACAGAUGCUGCCGACGUCGCCGCUGUAAAUUCAGCAGCAAUAUUGCAAGGCCCUUCACCGGUGCCGGAAAGUCACACUGGGCACCCAGCUCCGGACGAUGACACUAACGAUACUGAUUCCUAUUUAUCCUACCCGAGUCAGCAUGACUCCCACCGUAACUCGCGUUCAGGAACGCCCCCGCUCGAAACAACACAGAUGCUUAACUGGACAGUGAGCAUUAUGAACCAGGUCACAUCCGGUGAUCGGCGUGUUCUCGCUCAGGCUGCCGCUCUGCGCAAUAGAGCGAAAAUGCUGAGGGAACAGGCGAAGAAUGUGAGGGAUGUGGUACGCGCAGAGCGAGGACGACGUGAAAGAUUGGAAGCUUACUUCACGUACUGGAGGGAGAUAUCGCCUACAUGGCCAACGGGAUGGAUAUAUGAUGACGAAGAGGAGUAGAUUAGAGAGUAUCCGAGGACCAUCAUGAUGACAUGACAUAUGACACCUUGAUUACUG